AUAUUUUCUUAUUGCUUGAAAAUGUAUAAUAUUUGAUAUCGAUUCGAGUGUCUUGUAGGCAACUCUAGCUGCUCCGACUGCCGAAGUAAGAAUAAGCUGAAACUCAGAACGCAGAGUAUCCGAGAUAUCGAUUUUUAUUGUAAAAGCUUUCUAUAAAAUAUGCUCUUUCUUACCAGACUCGAUUGUCCUUACAAAAACUAGAAUCUUUAGAUCUUUGUAUUUUGCAGUCUCUUUCAAGUCUUGUUACAGCAAUAUUUCAUCAAAAACAUGUUAGAGGUUGCUUUAUUUUAAAAAAUGGACGUCUUUGAUAGCAUACAUUGGAGAACAACAAAGAAGCUAUUGUCUGCGAUAGGCGCGUGGCCGUUUCAGCCGGUCAGUCAGCGAAAAGUUCUCGGAGCUUUGUUUUACUUGAUCAUACAAAGUAUCUACAUAGUAGAAAUUUUGAAAUUGUUUGUAGUAUGGGGAAAUUUAACAGAUACUCUUGAUUGUUUGCCGGUUUUUGUGUAUCAUUCUAUGGUUCAAGUUAAAAUGGCAAAUUGUCUUUUUAACAUAAAACAGGUCAAAGUUUUGUUACUGCAAAUCAAGAGAGAUUGGGAAUCAGAUUUAUAUGACCAUGAAAUAAAGAUACUCCGUAACGACGCACGGAUUCAUAAAGUUGUAAUGAAUUUUUAUUCAAGCGGCUUAUCUUCAGUAGCCGUUAUUUAUGCAGCAGUACCAAUAACACCAAUAUUUGUGGACUUUGUUCGUCCAUUAAAUGAAACAAGGCAGAAAAUUUUGCCUUACCCUACUGAAUAUUUUGUGGAUACUGAGAACAAUUUUUACAUACUGUAUAUCCACGGCUUUAUAGUGACCCCCAUAGCAUUAUUCUAUUUUCUCGCCUUUGAUUUGACUUAUGCGGGGUUAGUCUCGCAUGCUUGCAGCAUGUUCACAAUUCUUGGAGGGCGCUUGAAGAAUUUGACAUCUGGAACAAAAGAAGAAAUUAAUUCUUUCAAGUCUUUGGUAGUUUGCAUUAAAAUGCACAAGGACAUUUUGAGUUACCACUGGGGAACAACAAAGAAACUGUGUUCUAUAGUAGGAACAUGGCCUUUUCACGCAGGAUAUCAAAGAAAAAUAUGUGGAAUUUUAGUUUUUUCCAUUGUUCAAAGUAUAUACAUUGUCGAGAUUUUUAGAUUGAUAGAAGUCCGCGGGCAGUUGACUGAAACGCUUGACUGUUUUCCAGUCUUCAUUUAUCACUCGGUGGUGCAAAUUAAGAUAACAAAUUCAUAUGUUAACAUAAACAAGGUGAAAAAUUUACUUCUGCGAGUUAAAAGUGAUUGGAAAUCAAAUUUAGACAAUUCAGAGAUUGAACUACUAAAAAGUGAGAAUCGUUUAUACAAAAUAAUAAUGGAUAUCUACAUUAUGGGAUGCUUUUCAAUAUCCAUAAUUUACAUUUGUGAGCCAAUGGUUCCGAUAUUACUUGAUGUAAUUAUGCCGUUAAAUGAAUCAAGACCAAGAGUAUUGCCAUUUCCUACUCAAUACUUUGUGAAUCCCAAAAUACAUUUUAAUAAACUUUACGCUCAUCAGUUUUUAGUCAAUUGGACAGCUAUAACGGCGUUUUUUGCAUUUGACGCAUUGUAUGUAGCUUUUGUACAACACGCUUGUACAAUGUUCACUAUAAUUGGAAACCGUUUGAAAAAUUUGACUGCCGACAACGAUCAAAACGAAAGCGGUAUCAAUGCACUGGUAAUUUGUAUAAAGAUGCAUAAGGAUCUUCUAAAGUUUACUACGCUUUUAGAAGAACAUUACACCAAUUACUUUUUGUUUAUGCUGGGUGUUAUUGUGUUGAUGCUAAGCGCUACGGGUUUUCAAUUUGUAGUAAUGGAAAAUGAUGCAUUUGAAAAAAUACGGAUUGUUUGGUAUGGAACCGGCCAAAUCACUCAUUUAUUCUUCUUGAGUUACUUUGGAGAAAAAUUAAUAGAACACAGCGAGACUGUCAAUGAAUCAUUAUGUGCUGCCAAAUGGUAUAGUUUUCCUCAGAAGAUGAAAAUUUUGUUUAUGAUAAUGAUGAUGAGAAGUAAAUCGGUAUCAUCAUUAACUGCAGGGAAAAUUUAUGUUAUGUCUGUAGCAAACUUUGGCGCCGUUAUGAAGUCAUCGUUUUCGUAUUUUACAGUUUUAACUUCGGCCCAGUGUCUGCGCAAGAGCUUAUCUUAUAAUCUUUUAGUCUCUUUAAAGUCUCGUUACUGCAAAACACUUUCAAAGACAUGCAAUAUUAUUCUUUUUCUAACAAUGGACGUCUUUGAUACCCUGUACUGGAGGAAAACAAAGUACCUUUUGACUGCGAUAGGAGUAUGGCCUUUUCAGCCGGUCAGUCAGCGAAGAAUUCUCGGGACUCUAGUUUACUUGAUCAUACAAAGUAUAUUCAUUUGUGUGUUUUUGAAAGUCGCUGUUGCUUGGGGAAAUUUGGCAGAAACUCUCUACAGUAUUCCGAUCCUUGUAUAUUUUUCCAUGAUUCAAGUCAAAAUAACAAACUGCCAUUUAAAUCUAAAAAAGGCUAAAUAUUUAUUACUUCAAGUAAAAAGAGACUGGGAAUCUAAUUUAGAAGACUCAGAAUUUGAAAUUCUGCGUAACGACGCCCGGAUUCAUGAAAUGAUAAUGAAUGUCUAUUACAGUGGAUUGAUAUGUGUAGCGACAGUUUACAUUGUUUUACCAUUAAUGUCACCCAUACUCGAUAUUUUUAUUCCAUUAAAUGAAACAAGGGAAAGAAUUUUACCGUAUCCAGCUGAGUACUUUGUAGACAUCCAGAAACAUUUUUUUUUCUUCUAUCCCCAUGGUGCAAUAGUCACUCCCAUUGCGUUGACUAUUCUGGUCGGGUUUGAUUCACUUUACGCAGGUUUUGUUCAACACGCAUCCAGUAUGUUCACUAUUAUUGGAAAACGUUUGGAAAAUUUAGCAGAAAGCAAUACGAAAAAAAAUUUAAUUAAUCGAGACAAUCGCUUGAACUCAUUUAUAACUUGCGUAAAAAUGCACCGUGACAUUCUGCAAUUUGUAAAGCUUGUGGAAAAAUAUUACUCGAAUUAUUUUUUCGUAUUACUCGGUGUCAUUGUUGUUGGAUUGAGUGCGACAGGCUUUCAAUUUGUAGUUUUGCUGAGUGAGAUUGGUGAAAAAAUUCGGUGUCUCUGGUAUGCUAUGGGCCAAGUCACUCACUUAUUUUUUUUGAGUUACGUCGGACAGAAGCUUAUUGACAACAGUCAGUGCGUCAAUGCUUCAUUAUGCGCAGCUGCGUGGUAUAAUUAUCCCAAAGAAAUAAGAAUCUUAACGAUUAUGAUACUGAUGCGAGGAAGAAUAACAUCACGGAUAACCGCCGGUAAAAUUUAUACCAUGAGUGUGGAGAAUUUCAGCUCUGUAAUGAAAACUUCAAUGUCAUAUUUUGCCGUUCUCACGUCAAUGGAGGCAUAAGUAUAUUUAGUUAAUUUAUAGUUGAUAAAUGAUAUAGUUACUAUAUCAUUUAUAAUCAAUUUAAAUUUAAUUAGCUGAUUAAAAUUAAAAUGAU